GGCGCUCUGUGACGUCAUCGCCGGAAGCGGCUGCUUGCGAUCCGGGGCCUAGUCGCCGCCGCCCGGUGCCGGCCAUGAGCAAGCGGAAGGCUCCCCAGGAGAGUCCCAACGAGGGCAUCACCGACUUCCUCACGGAGCUGGCCAAUUACGAGCGCAACGUGAACCGGGCCGUUCACAAGUACAACGCGUACAGGAAAGCAGCCUCGGUUAUUUCCCGGUACCCCAGCAAGAUAAGGAGCGGGGCUGAAGCCAAGAAGCUGGAUGGAGUAGGUGCUAAAAUAGCUGAGAAGAUAGACGAGUUCUUAUCCACUGGAAAACUACGCAAAUUGGAAAAGAUUCGACAAGAUGAUACAAGUGCAUCUAUCAAUCUACUGACACGAGUUACUGGCAUUGGUCCUGCUGCUGCUAGGAAGCUUGUUGAGGAAGGAAUUAAGACGUUAGAAGAUCUAAGAAAAAAUGAGCACAAGCUGACUCAUCACCAGCGAAUUGGGUUGAAAUAUUUUGAAGAUUUUGAGAAAAGAAUCCCAAGGGAAGAAAUGCUGCAAAUGCAGGAAAUUGUGCUGGAAGAGGUAAAGAAGCUGGACCCAAACUAUAUUGCUACAGUCUGUGGCAGUUUUAGACGAGGUGCAGAGUCCAGUGGCGAUAUGGAUGUUCUCCUAACCCAUCCAAGUUUCACGUCUGAAUCAUCCAAACAGUCAAAACUUCUGCAUCAAGUUGUAGAACAACUGGAAAAAGUCCACUUUGUCACAGAUAUGCUGUCGAAAGGUGACACCAAAUUCAUGGGUGUCUGUCAGCUGCCAAAUAAAGAAGAUGGAACAGUGUAUCCACAUAGGAGAAUCGAUAUCCGGUUUAUCCCCAAAGAUCAGUAUUACUGUGGUGUACUGUAUUUCACAGGAAGUGAUAUAUUCAAUAAGAACAUGAGAGCUCAUGCUCUGGAAAUGGGCUUCACGAUCAAUGAGUAUACAAUCCGUCCCUUGGGUGUCACUGGAGUUGCUGGGGAGGCCCUGCCAGUAGAAUGUGAAAAAGACAUCUUUGACUAUAUCCAGUGGAAAUACCGAGAGCCAAAGGAUCGCAGUGAAUAAUUGCUUGUCUAGGCGGUUAGGAGUGAUCGUAGUGCUGCUCUGCUGACUAGUGUUUGACAAGAUGAACUGAAGCUGUGGUCACAGUGCUGAAAAACAUCUGGAUAUUGAGCAAUGUCACUGAGAACUAACUGGCUUGCAGAUUUUGGUUUGGAAAUGAUGUGUGCGGUAAAGCCCAGAAGCACAGACAGAGGUGCAAAAGGCAGCUUUCUCCCUCUUGACCAGCAUGUCAUCUGCCCUUCUCUCCUUUCUUCAUCUACUCUGUUGUCCACAGAUUCGUCCUAGCUUCUUUCCCUGUGACAAAGCCAUGAUCGACAUGCCCUGGCCGUGGAUUAGUGACCUUCUACCCCAGCCUCAUUCAGGAUUUCUCCUUUUAUUCAGCCCCAAAUGGCCUACUGAAAUGAUUUAAGAGAUCCAAAGAAAAUCCUAAGGUUUCCAUGUUUUCCUCUGUAAGGAACACAGAAUGCUAUGCAGUCAUGUCUGCUGAAGUGCGGUUUCUUUUAGACAAGAGCUCUCCCUUGCCAGUUCUGAACAAAUUUGUAUCUUCUUUGUGGAUGUUUCUCUUACCCAGAAGGUAAUCCUUGUUUACUGGCUAAGCAUCUAUUACAGGUUUGGUGAGGUAUGCAUAGAUUUUGUAAAUGUGGAAAUUCUUGAUGUACAUAAAAGGAUUAUUUUCUGUCUCCUCUGCACUAGCUCUGCUGAUGAGGUUGCUGUUUUAAAACAGGUGUGCUUUUCUUGUACUACAUAGUGUCUUCCCUGUAGAGUUUGUCCAGCUGAAACUGGCUGCAAGAACUUCUCUUGUGGCUUUUAAAACUACAAGGAUGUGUGCCUGUGUAGAGAUUGUUCUUACACAGUUGCCUCUGUUCUCUAUGUCUUUGAAUACAGUGCAGUUGCAUGUUUUGGAGAACUCCUUGGAAGUUCUCCAGAAUAGUUUUCCUGUGUGUCCAUUUCUCCAGUUGGGCGAGUGGGUGUGAGAGGGCUUGCAGUUCUUGUUUUAUGUGCUUGGCUCUUGGUGUAAUGGGCCCUAUGAGCGGUACAGCAAUGCAGACCACCAUCUGCAAUUGUGGUGAGCUCCUGAGAGCUUUGUGUUGCCCAAAGAAACAAAAGCAGAAAACAUUCUAUUUCUUUUCAUCUAAGAACAUCACUAUGCACGUUAACUAAAUAACUGCCAAAUUCUUGUAACAGUAAUCCCAUUUGUUAUAAUUGAGCCUAAAAGAAAAUAAUGUUGUCAUUGCAUGAGACACAUGCAUGGAGGUUAUUUUGCAGACAUAGCCUUUUGCCAGGAUGGACCUUGCUUUUAUUUACAAAGUAAUGGCAAUGCCAAUACACAGCAGUACUGUGGGUGUACCUCUGACACUACAAUUUAGUGUCAGAGGAGGCAUCUGAGAGUACAUAGCAACAUCUUUCAGAUAUGCAGUAAAAGGAAGAGGAGAAAUGGCACUGAGUUUCCCUAGAAAGCAGAGAAAGGGGAUGAGAAAUCUAACGAGAGGCUGUACAGUCUCUGAACAAUGUUGAUGCUUCACCUUGUGGCACAUUUGUCCUGGUGCCUUGAGAGAAAAAUCAAGCACCUGAUAUUCUUAAACAUUCAGAGAUUUAUACUUGCACAAAUUUUUAAAGACACACAGAUCCAUUCUCAAUGAAGGCGUAAAUGUUACUUAACUCUUUUUUUUUUUUUUUUUUGACAUCAAGCCUUGAUCCAAAAAUGUCAAGUGAUGAGGAGUAAGUGAAGUCUGGUUUUCAGCAUUUUUUUUUUCCCAAAAAAACCCCCAACAACCAAUCAGAAAAAACCCAUCCACUCAAUUUAAAUAAUAUAUUUGUCUAAUGUGCUUUUAGCAGACAACUGUUUAAUCUAGCACCAACAAUCCAACUUCUGAAGACAGAAGCCUCUUCUCUUGGUUAACAGGCCUUCUCCUGGUUAAGAGAUUGAAAUUUUGAACUGGUGUAUGCAUUUCCCCCCUCAGAACCACAUACUGGUCUGCUAGAUCUUUCUUCUGAUCUCUUUCUAGCUCUUUGUGUCUUAUGUAUGUGUAGACACCAGAAUAAGAAAGCUGGCUGUGUCCUGAAGUACUUCUAAAGAAUACCAUUUUCAGCUACUAUCUAUAUCUCCUUAUCUCUGUUCAGUGUCCUGGUGCGGUGCUGAAACUUGUGCCAAGCUGUUUCUGUGUCCUUACUUCUAAAAUCUUUCAAUACAGCCAUACGCUAAUGUCACCGUUCUCCUGUUGCAUGUGGCCAGUGUUAUGUGUUCCUAGAUAAGUCAUUGUACUGUUGGUUGCAGCUCACUAUAUUUUGUUCAACUUGCCAUUACCCAGAAGAUUUGUCCGAUUAAUUGAUGCACUCCUACCACUUCUAUAGGGCAAAUUUGCCUUUUUUUAUAUGCAAACCUGUCAGCUCUGGUUUUAUAGCUUCUCUUAAAUCAUUGUAUAAGGUAAUGAUUUUUUUGGAUGUGAGAGGAGGUCCUGUCAAGAUUGUAUUACUAGUUGCAUUUGGGACAGGGAUUCUGUUGGUUAACUUAUAACUUAACUAAUUUUAAGUAGUAAACUACUAACUUUUAUGUACUAUAGAGCAUCAGCAUGGAAUGUAUUGCUGUUACUGUAUUUUAAUACCUUGUAGGAGUAUAAGGCAAAUAUAUUACAGAAUUGCAAGCUUGUCAAGGCGAGACUAUUUUAUACAUAGUCAAAUUGACUGUUGCUAAUUAUAUGGUAUUUGUCUUGAUUUGUUAGUGAUUAGGUCCUUUGUCUGCCUUUACUGGGGGCAGAGAGGAGUUUGCAUCUGUAUUCUCAGACUGCUUAACCUGACUUGAAUCAUAAAAUGAACACGGAUGUAAUAGUUUAUUUAUUAAUUUUUCUCUGACUUAAGCCUAUGGAACAGUUACAUUUUAUAUAAUUAGCAUUGAUCAGUCUUAGCAAUGGAGAUUAUAGAUUUAUACUCUUGCUUAUCCCUUUAUUUUCUUCUGUUUUUCCUAGUGGGAGUUUAACUAUUUUCUGGGAACGUUCCCCAGCCCUAAUGCAUGCACUGGUAUAUAAGGUGACUAGAAGUUAACUUGGUACUAUGUGAAGUUUUCUGAUAAUAUAGCUGAUUUAUUCAAUGUUUUCUUCAAUAAUCAGUGGGAAUAAAUGAAGUGAAAAUUCCAUCAUAAA